AACACAAACCCUGGGCGUACCACCCUUCUGGGGCACAUUCUGCCCUCUUCUACCCCUUAUUUGGUAUAUUUUCGAGGGCAAAUAGGGCCGAAACUCACCGGAAAAGUGGUAAAAAUGUCAGGAAGAUGGCGAGAAAGGAGGACAGAACGGCGUAUCUAAGCAGUGAUUUUGAACGAGGGUCGCCAACGCCAUCUGUUGAGCCUUUUCUACCCUACAUUCCUCUAUAUUAAACUCAAACCAUGGCCACUUCAGCAGAGAAUUAAACUAUUAUGUAUCGCCCCUCAAUAAUUCAUGGAUUACGUCUGUACAGUACAAAAUCGACAAGGAAAAGAGAAUUGAUUGAUCGUAUCAUUCGUGUAGACCAUGCUGGAGAAUUGGGAGCCGACCGCAUUUAUGCAGGACAAAUGGCAGUGCUGGGUAAAUCUAGUGUGGGGUCAGUCAUCCAGCAUAUGUGGGACCAAGAAAAGGAGCAUAAAGCAAAGUUUGAAGAGUUGAUACCAAAAUACAGAGUGCGGCCUACUGUUCUUGUUCCCAUCUGGAAUGUGGCUGGUUAUGUCCUUGGUGCAGGAACUGCAUUGAUGGGCAAAGAGGCAGCAAUGGCAUGCACUGUAGCAGUAGAAUCAGUUAUCAUAGAUCAUUAUAACUCACAGUUACGAGAACUAAUUUCUUUAGGAAAGGAAGAAAACAAGGAACUUGUUGAAAUUAUAAAAAAAUUCAGAGAUGAUGAAAUGGACCACCAUGACACUGGCUUGAAGCAUGAUGCAGAAUUGACACCAGCAUACAAUGCUCUCACUCUUGUAAUUAAAACUGGUUGUAAAGCUGCUGUGUGGCUCUCCGAACGUAUUUAGAAUUUUCUCCUAUGUAAAAUGUCACUCUUCCUGGGUGGAAUACAGCCAGUGUUAAAAAAAAAAUUCUUUUUACAAUGAAGAUAGAGCAGUCUGUUCAAUGGCUCCUGAGCUUUGACCCAUCUUCAUGUUCAAUCCCUUCAGUGAGGGAGAAGAUGCCCCUUGAUGCCAGUAAAGAGUUCUGUAUCUGAGGAAUGGGAGCUAACCUCCUUUUGCAACAAAUCUGAUUACCUCCCAUUCCUAAAAUAGUAUGUGGUCCUUAGGGGUUUAGCACUUUUCCAUCAAUAUAAUGAACCGAGAACACUAGCCAAUAAAAUUUAACUUUAUUCACUUUACAGCAGUGCUGUAUGACCCUAAUGGAUUUAGCACUUCUUUUUUAUUAUAAUAAUAAUAUCCCCUUCAAGGGAGGUUCCUUGAUGCUGGUGAGGGGCUCUUGAUCUAGGGAAUUGGAUCUGUGCUCCAGUUCCCUGAAUUAAGCCUGAAUACCUUCCAUCCCCCCCCCACAGGCACUGUAUAAUCCUAUGGGUUUAGCGCUCCCCAUGAUAAUAAUAUCCACUUUACAAACUAAAUAUGGUUAUUUUAAGCUUACUUUGAUGUGCUACUCAUGAAUCUGAGCUUGUUUAGUCUCAUAAAAUUUUUUGAAAUCUUAUGAUAAAUAUUUUGGCUAUGUAAGGCUUUAGAACUUACAUAUGUUGCCUAACAGUCAUAGGUAUUAUGAAAAUAUUAAGUGUGGAAUAUGCACUAAUAAAACUAAUCUUUCUUAAUGUAAA